GCCUGCGUGGCAAUGGGGGAGUGGGGCGGGGCGAGGGCGAAGGCCAUCAGCGCGCGUGCGCAGAAGAUAAGGCCUGCAAGCUCUCCUCGACUGGGGCGGCUACGAUUGGACAGGAAUACACAAGGAGAUGGGUUAAAAUGCCAGCUGCCGACCUGAUUGGCGUGUUCUAGUUCUGAUGUGCCAGUUUGUGCUGUGAGGGUCACAGCAGACAAACAUCAGCUAGGCAUCCCUGCAGCUUGCAGGAAAAUCUCUUUCUCUCUCUGUCUCUGACUGUUGCUGGUGCCAAGUCAGCAAAGCCACAUUCAAAAAGGAAACAGGACAGCUCUUUCAGCUAAACUGCAGGACCAAGUGUCUCCAAACCAACUGCUCAACUGCCAAAGUCGGCUCUACUGGAAUCACCCAACAUAACGGCUGCAACGUUUUGCCAUCUACUCCUCACGGACAAGCCAAAGACUGGGCUCUUUCCAAAUGAGUAACAGAGCUGAGCACAGGAUGUUGCUUCAUCUGGUCUUGCGGUCGCUGUGAUAGAAACAUUGCUGAACUGUCAACGAUAGAGUAACAGCAAGAAGGAACGAGCUUCAGCCUCUCCGUAUCGCCAUGGACUCCUGGCUGGCUGGAUUGACUUUGUUGCUAGCGGUUCUGGAGGAGGCAUUCCCGCUCUACCCCACCCAGGAUGCGACUCCACGGAUAUCCUUUCUCCACAGUGACCCCAGCCGGACAUUCACAAGAUUUUCCAAGGAAGGCUUUUGGAAUUACAGCACCCUGCUGCUCAGCGAGGACGAGGGGAGGCUUUACGUGGGUGCCCAUGAUAUCCUCUUCUCUGUCGACACGGCGACUGUCGGGAACAUGGAGUUGAUAAAGGAGCUACCCUGGAAGCCAAUGGAGGCAAAAGUGCAGGAGUGCUCCUUUAAGGGGAAGAGCAAAGAGCAAGAUUGUCUUAACUUCAUCUGUGUCCUGCUGCCAGUGAAUGAGAGCCACUUUUACACCUGUGGGACCUACGCGUUCAGCCCGACCUGUGCCUACAUUGAUGUCAGAACCUUCUCACUGCUGAGUGAUUCGAAUGGUGUCCCGCUAAUGGAGGAAGGCAAAGGCCGUUGUCCCUUUGACCCCAGGCGGAAAUACACAGCCACCAUGGUUGAUGGGGAGCUAUACACGGGGACAACAAAUAACUUCCAGGGGACCGAGUCCAUCAUCGCCCGCAACCUUGGGCAGCAAGUCGCAUUGAAAACUGAGCCUUCCUUCAACUGGUUGCAAGAUCCGACGUUUGUGGGCUCCGCGUUCAUCCAGGAGAGCGAGGGAGACAAAAUCUACUUCUUUUUCACAGAAAGCAGACAGAAUUCGGACCUUCUGCAGAAGAUGAGUCUGUCUCUGGUGGCGCGAGUGUGCAAGAGUGAUAAUGGUGGAGAGCGGGUGUUACAAAAACGGUGGACUACCUUCCUCAAGGCUCAGCUGCUGUGUUAUCUCCCCGAGGACCAAUUCCCAUUCAACGUACUUCAGGACAUGUUUGUUUCUAAGGAUGAGGAGGGGUCAGUGUUCUACGGAGUCUUUGGCUCACAGUGGUUCCGCGGUGCCUCUGACAGCUCGGCAGUCUGUGCCUUUACUUUACACGACAUUCAAACGGUGUUCAACGGGCUGUACAAGUUGCUGAACAGAGAAACACAGACGUGGUCGUCAUUUUCGGCUGAUGGUUUGGACAUGAGGCCUGGCUCUUGUAACACAAAGCCUUGGAUGGAUUCAACCCUCAACCUUGUCAAAGACCGUUUCAUGAUGGAUGGCGUGGUACAUCCCACGGGACACCAACCACAGCUGGUGAAACUGAAGGAGAAGUACCUGAAGAUAGCAGUGGACUCUGUACUGUCAGUCAACUUGAUGAAGCACCGAGUCAUGUUCCUGAUCACAGCCCGUGGUUUCCUGCACAAAGCCCUGUGUGUGAAUGGUACCUCUUACAUCAUCGAGGAGCUUCAACUCUUCUCAACUCCACAGUCUGUGCACAGCCUCGUCCUCUCUCCUGAAAAGGGGGUUCUGUACAUCGGAUCAUCGAUAGGGGUACUGCAGGUGCCUCUCUCGAACUGUACUGCUUACCUAAGCUGUGGGGACUGUGUGUUAUCCAGAGACCCCUACUGCGCCUGGGACAGAGAUGACAGGGUCUGCAAGGAGACAAGAAACCAACCAGAGAUGCGCAACUGGGUUCAGGACAUCGAGAACGCAAAUGCAGCCUUAGCUUGCUCACCCCGGCCACAGCCAAGAAUGCAGGCACCAAAGGAAACCCAGAAAGAUCCCUCAGCCCCCCUUGUGGAGAAGGUGCGGGCCAACUCCCUCGUCAACCUGCGCUGCCAAGCCAACUCGAACCUGGCACGAAAGAGCUGGACCCACAAAGGGGCAGAGCCGCUGACAUCGGGUUUGAUCCCCCAGCCCAGCGGCCUCAGCUUUGUGGUCACUGCUGAGCACCAGGGCCUGUGGGAGUGCUGGGCCACCGAGAAUCAGUUCAGGGUGUUGCUGGUGAGUUACUCGCUUCAGAUUACCGAUCCUGCCUUAUGGGAAGCUAACCAAGGUCUGCAGUCUCAUACGAACCCUGCCCUGAAGACGUACUGGAGCGAGCUGGUAGUGGUGAGCGUCCUCUUUGUGCUAUUUGCUGUGCUGGUGGCUGCUUUCGCUCUGCGCUCUUACUCCGAGAGGUUGAGGAGCCGGUGUAAAGUCCGAGCGGGUGCUUCAGCCAAGGCAGAGAGCGGUCCGGUGAGUGGGAGCUGCUUGGAGACGGCCCCCUUAAACAAAGGCCCCGUCAGCAAUGGAAGCUACCAGAACCUUCAGGACGAAGAGGGCGGCGCCGUCUCAGCCGGGGGAGAGCAGGAGGAGUCGGGGGGACAAGCGACCAGCACGGAAUCCCUUAAAAACAGGGGGAGGCCCAGCGCUCAGGCGCAAGCGGACAUCUAGGAGGGGGCGAGAAUGCCCCGCUGCUGACCUGUGGACUUGCCAGGAGAAAGGAGGGGCCAUGCCACACGGCUGAUGCAAUG